GUCUCUUUUGCUGGAUCCAGAGUCGGCGACUUGCACAGAUACCUGCUUCACUACCUGCUCUCUCUGAAAGCUGUGAUGAACCAUCAUGCCUGGGACCACACCCCUAUCGCAGUGACGACCUGGGCGCUACUGAGAGACAGUUACCACUGCAGCCUGUGCCACCCGCCCCAGCACGUCGCUGUGGCGAUACUCUACUUGGCACUGCAGACACUGGGGGUGGAGGUGCCUAGAGAGGGGGAGCGGGAGUGGUGGCAGGUGUUGAGUGAUGACAUCACCAAGCCAGCUAUCGACGAUAUCAUUGUUGAGCUUAUUCAGAUCUACAGCAUGGUCGCCAAGUGCACCUGAGAGAGAGAGAGAGAGAGACUGGGUUUAUGGAGAAGCUACUGGAACCAGACUGGGAAUACUAAUAGACUUUCCAGUGUGUAAAAUGAUGGACUAACAGCUAUCACUGUCAGCCCCUCUAUUAUCCAAACGUCAAACAAGCAUAUUUAAUUGGAAACGCCUCUCAACCUCAAUGUACUCAAGAUGUUCAUUUAUUUGAAAAUCGUUGCAAAUAAUGAUUUCAGUUUUCCACUGCAGGGGGAUUGGUUAAAUCCCAGGGAUAACAAAAAGUUCAAAGAAAAGUUUUUCUUUUUUCUCUUUGCGUUGAAUUGAAACCAUUUGUAUUUUUGUUUCCAUAAAUACAACUAAAUUAUAGGUAACAGAAACAUUUACAUAAUGUAAAAUAUUGGAUGCAUAACAGCUACUGCAAAUAUUUGCAAGCCUUUUCUUACACAUUUUUGCUUAUGGAAAAACACAGCAAACAUUUUUGGCACGAAUAUCAAAUUCCAUUUAUUUCUAUUUAGUAUAUUGCAA